AUCAUGAAAAUUGGUACAUGUAGGGAGUAUGUUCGUUUAUUUUCAACCAAACGAAUUGUACCCAAAAUUUGUAUUGUUGGUGCGGGACCAGCAGGUUUUUAUGCUGCACAACAUUUACUGAAGAAUUCCAGUGAUAUACAUGUGGAUGUAUUAGAAAAAUUACCAGUACCAUUUGGAUUGGUACGUUUUGGUGUAGCUCCAGAUCAUCCAGAAGUGAAAAACGUUAUUCACACUUUUGAGAAAAUAGCAUCUAAUCCACGCUUUCAAUUUAUAGGAAACGUUAACGUAGGAAAGGAUGUUACCAUAAAACAAUUACAAGAAAUUUAUCAUACAGUUCUGUUGGCAUAUGGUGCAGAAGAGGAUAAAGAAUUUCAUAUAGCUGGAGAAAAUUUGAAUAAUGUAAUAUCAGGACGACGCUUCGUCGGUUGGUACAAUGGAGUACCAGCAGAUAGCAAUAUAAAAGUUAACUUAGAUGUAGAAGAAGCAGUUAUACUAGGGCAAGGUAAUGUCGCCAUAGACAUUGCAAGAAUUUUAUUAACACCAAUAGACAAAUUAAAGAAUACUGAUAUAACAUCAUUUGCAUUAGAACAAUUGUCACAAAGUAAAGUACGCAAAGUUUCAUUAAUAGGAAGGAGAGGACCAUUACAAGCUGCAUUUACAAUUGCUGAACUACGCGAAAUAAUAAAGUUGGAAGGUUGUACAACUUAUUGGCGUUCAGUUGAUUUUGAAGGUAUAAAACCUAUUGUUGACACCUUAGCAAGGCCUCGGAAAAGAUUGACUGAACUUAUGCUGAAGUCGUUAAACGAAACAAGUACAAAUACAAAGUCCAGUGUCAAAGAGCUGCAUCCAAUAUUUUUAAGAAGUCCAGUAGAAUUUUUAGGUUCCAAUAGUGUUACUGGCAUCAAACUAUCAAUAAAUAAACUUCAAGGGAGUAAUUUACUUAAACAAACUGCAAUACCUACUGAGUCGUUUGAAGAGAUUCCAUGUGGCUUGGCGUUGCGUAGCAUUGGCUACAAAUCUGUUCAGAUAGAUUCAUCAGUACCAUUUGAUACUGAACUUGGCCGUAUCAAAAAUUCGACCGGCAAAAUUGCAGAUAAUCUUUAUGCUACAGGUUGGGUUGCAACGGGUCCUGUAGGUGUUAUAUUAUCAACAAUGACAAAUGCAUUUCACGUUGGUGGAUUGAUGAGUAAAGAGCUAUCAUUUACAGAAAAUAAACCGGGAUCAGUAGAUUUAUACAGAAUUCUGAAUAAGAAAGGUAUACAUUCAGUAUCAUAUAAUGAUUGGGAAAAAAUUGAUAAAGUAGAGUGUGAGAGAGGAAAAAGAUUGGGUAAACCGAGAGAAAAGAUAGUUGAUAUUAAAGAAAUGUUAGAAAUAAUUACAAGACUUGUGACACCAGUGGACACCAGUCAAAAUGAAAGCCCGUUCUUACAUCAUCCUGUUCAAUGGUCGGUUCACAGCGCCUGA